GUAAGAAGAUUAGAAAGGCCUUUUUAAGAAAUGAAACGUGUAUAUCGUGCUAGUAAUGUUAUAAAUCUGUCGUCUUUAAAUACACUUGAUAAUCGCAAAAAUUUAAGGCCUUUGCAUGUAAAAAAAUUGUACUCGUAAUUGUAAGGCCAUUCGAAUCUCGGCUAACAAGUAAGGUUCGAAUCUCGGCUAAGCAGAGUUUGAUUAUCGGCAAAGUAAGGUUUGAGUCUCUACUAACAACAAAGAGAUUCUAAAAUCUGAUUGCGAGCCUGAACCUGAACCUGAGCCAGUCUGAAAAUCUGAGCUUUCCUUUACACAAGUCUUUUGCAAGCUUUUCCAAGUCUUCUGAAUUAAAUUAUGAAAAGGAAUAAUACACACGUAGAGGUCAUUAACCUCACGUCACAACUUAAGAUAAGGGACAAAAGUAUAAUGGAUUGCACUGUUAAAAAUUUAGAAAAGACUUUUGAUUUAAAACAGAAGGCAAUGGUCAACAAGCUGCAUAAUAUGCAAUGGUUGAAAAACAGGUCUCAUUCAUCAAACUCUGAAAAGCUAAAAACUAUCUACAAACAUAUACAAGAUCAUAAUGAGAAUAAUAAAUUGAAAGAUGAGGGUUUAUUGACAGAAAACAUCAAGACAUAUUCAGUUAAAGAAUCUGACAACUAUCAUUUGAUGGAUACAUACAAAAAUUAUUUGCCUGUUGACGCAAUAUCAGAAAACAAUGACAAUAUGUGGAACAAAGAUGCAAAUUCGUCUAAUACAUUUCCAAAUUCCACCAAAUUGGUUAAAGUUAAAGAUGAAGAUAAAAAAGACAUAUUAAUGAUUACAAAGAGCAUACUUACAACAAAACUGGAUGUUCAGUCUUGUACAGACAAGAUGCCAAAAAAUCAAUCAGAUAUGCUACAAAAUAAUGAAAAUAUUACACAAAAUGCUGUAUAUUCAAAUGUUACCAAUUUUGAGACAAGAUCUAAUAAAACAACUGAUUUGACAAAUCAAGAUAAAAAUAUAAAUAAGAAUGAGGUAUUGCAAAUAAUGCAACAACCAGUUUUUAAACAAUCUGUGUCAAAGAUGCCAAAGUCUGUUAAAAAAAUUCCAUCUAACUAUGGUGUUUAUAAAAAUAAAACAUUGGAAAAAUCAGAAAAAAAGUCCAGUGUAUCUAAAAAUUCCGAUUUGCUUUUAUAUGAAUCCGAGAAAAGAAAUAAAAAAAUUGUUGAUGAUAAACAUUCUCUGCAUCAUCAAAAAGUAAAUCUUGAUUUUAAUUUUAAAAGAGAUACUAAAUUUGUCAUGCAAUAUAAAAAUUCGACACUCACAGAGCCUGCGCAAAAUAAAGAUACACUGAGAAACAUUGAGUGCACUUCUAAUGGAAAAAAUUCGUCAUAUAAUAAUUCUAGAUUUAACAAUGGGUAUGUUGACAAUACUGAGCGUAAAGAUGUUAUAAAGAGAGAAUAUAUAUCUUCUAGUGUAUUUUCCAAUUCAAAUGUAAGAAUUGAAGGACUUUGCACAAAGAAAGAUCACACAAGUCAGAAAAAUAAAUUGAAUCAUAUGCAAUCGACAACAGAUACAAAAUCAACGAUUAUAUAUAAAAAAGGUAUAUGUAAUAGUGAAAAAAAUGUUAAUUUUGCCAAAACACAUUUGACAGAAAAGGAAUAUGCUAAUUUAAACAUUGAUAUCAGAAGACAGGAACCUAUAUUAGAACAGUGUCAUAAAGAGAUGAAGAGAAUUGAUAAAUCUAAAUCCAAUAUAGAUCAGCAAAAUAUAGAAAUAAAUAAUAUUACCGAAAAUGAACAGAAUUUAUCCAAAGAUUCGUCCAAUUUAUUUCCUAAUAAGUGUACUAUGAAAAUACCAGCCAAUGUGAUACAUCAACAUUCGUUACAGUUCGAAGAUACACAAUAUAUGGAUGAUGUAAAGAAAUUAGAGGGCAAUCAAACUACUUGUAAUAACAGUUUAGAAACCAAUACAAUACAGAAGAAUGUAACAAUUGUAAAUUCACAGCAAUCUAUUCAAAAUAUACGUUGCGACAUGCAGCAAGCUAUUAUUACACAAGCAAAAGAUCAAAUAAAGCAAAUGCCAUCAUGGGGCCUAAAUGAUAGUAAAUUUUACAAUCAAAAUUUUUCAGUUCGUAAUGCAAUGCGACCAUCGCAAGUUUCAAAUACUUUCAACGUAACAUCAUUGUGCGGAAGCAAUAUGCAAACAUCAAAUGAUGGCAAUGCCACCUCCAUAUUGGGAACUGCAAUAAAUCACAAUAAAGAAAAUUCAAACGUAUUCUAUAAACAUAUGCCAAACAUACAACAAAAGUCUGAUACAUUUUCGACUUUUACCGACCAUUCUAUAUUAUUGGAUCAAACUAAAUGCAAUUCCUCGGUACAAGAUGGUUUUCAUGUUGAGUCAUAUAAUAUUGUACAACCUACAACAAUUUACAAUUCUGAUGCUCUCGAUCCUGAUGAUAUUAAAAAUACACGUCUAUCACAUCCAAUAAUUUAUGCGCCAUCUUUGAAUAUGCAAACGCGAAAUCCGCAACUCCAGUAUCCGUUGCCUGUCUUUUACAAUUCUUCGUGCGCGAAUUAUGUUCGUACAAUCCCUAAUAUGAUUAAUCAAUUGAAUAAUUUCAACUGCAUUUACUCUUUACAUGAUCAACAUCUUAAGUAUAUUCCUCGUAUGCAAAUGAAUAAUUAUGUUAGAGCUAAUGAUCUGAAUAAUCACACUAUACACCCGAGAAAUAUUAUUGAUAAUGUUUCAAUGAAAUUCAAUCAGCAUUAUGAAAAAUGCCAAGACAAUUCCCAAAGAGUUUGUGAUCUCUUUCGAUAUGUGGCACCGCUUCCACAUUCAGGAUCUCGACAAAAUGUGAAUUUUAUGCCCAUGACAAAUAUAAAUCAGUAUAAUAAUGCAUAUUUUUGGCAGAAUCAAGAGCGCAAUCAAAAUGCAGUAAAUUAUAUGCAAAUAUUGAAAUGUCCAAAAAAUCAAACGACACAAGAUUUUCCCUGCGAUGAUAAUGAAUCGGAAAAUAUACCUCCAAUAAUAUCUCCAAAAGAAUUUGUAACAAACAAUGUAAAAUUCUCAAAUAAUAUUGGUUAGUUUGCAACACAGUCUUGUUAAACUAGAACGAUAUAUUCUCUAUCAUUAUAAAAAUAGCAUUUUCCGCAGAAAUACAACUUGUCAAAAUUUUUCGAAAGAAUAUCUAUCAGCAAUAUUUAGUCGUAAUUCGUAAUACAUACAAAUAAUUUAGAAAAC